GAACGUUUACACUUCAAAUUUGGGACACUGCUGGACAAGAACGAUUCAAAAGUUUGCGCACACCAUUUUAUCGAGGCUCAGACAUUUGUUUGCUUGUAUUUGCUGUUAAUGAUAAACAGAGCCUUGAGAAUCUUGUACAAUGGAAGAAAGAAUUUCUUUAUUAUGCUGACGUAAAGGACCCAGAGAACUUCCCUUUCCUUGUGCUUGGCAAUAAAGUUGACAUGGAGGAAGAGAGAGUAGUGCACGAGGAUGAUGCCAAGUCAUGGUGUCAAAUGAAUGGUCAACUACCUUACUUUGAAACAAGUGCCAAAGACAAUACCAACGUUGACUUAGCUUUUAGCUCCUCUGUGAAAAGACAUUUUGAAUUAGAGCAAAAGUUGGAUAGACAAAUGAAGAAUCUUGCUCCUGGAGGGGUGAAUCUUUCCAACCAUGAGAAAAAUAAGAAAACUUCAUUGUGCUGUUGAUGUAGGAUGCGAUCAG